CGCAGACGCACCUGGAAGGGAACCGCCUCGUGCUCACGUGCCUCGCCGAGGGGAGCUGGCCCUUGGAGUUCAAGUGGAUGCGCAAUGACAGUGAGCUCACCGCCUACAGCGGCGAAUAUAAGUAUGUUAUUCCAUCUUUACAGAGGCUGGACGCUGGGUUUUACCGCUGUGUGGUUCGAAACAGAAUGGGAGCCCUCUUGCAAAGAAGAUCAGAAGUUCAAGUCGCAUAUAUGGGACAUUUCAUGGAUACAGACCAGAGAACAGUGGCCUCUGCAGGACACGCAGCUGUGCUCAACUUACCACCCAUCAGCAGCUGCCCCGGACCUCAAGUGACUUGGUUCAGAGAAGGGCACAAGAUUAUUCCAAGCAACAGAAUAGCCGUCACGCUGGAGAACGAGCUGGUGAUCCUGGCAGCGACGGCCAGCGACGCGGGGGCUUACUACGCGCAGGCCGUCAACGAGAGGAACGGGGAGAACGAGACCAGCCCGUUCGUCCACCUGAGCAUAGCAGGAGAUGUUGGCACGCCUGAAGCCGUGGCCCCCGUCAUCGUGAUCCCCCCGAGCAACCGAAGCGUGGUGGCCGGGUCCAGCGAGGCCACCUUGGAAUGCGUGGCCAACGCCAGGCCCGUCGAGGAGCUGAGUGUGACCUGGAAGAGGAACGGGGUGAGAGUCACCCGUGGGCUCCACAGCUUCGGGAGACGCCUCACCAUCAGCGCCCCGACCUCCUCGGACACCGGGGAGUACUCCUGCGAGGCAGCGCUGCCAGGGAGCGCUUUCGAGCCCGCCAGAGCCAAAGCCUUCCUUUCUAUCAUAGAGCCACCGUAUUUUACUGCGGAACCUGAGAGUCGGAUUUUAGUGGAAGUAGAAGAAACCGUGGACAUCGUGUGUGGAGCCAUGGGGGCCCCUCUUCCCACCCUCCGGUGGUUCAAGGACGCGGUCUCCAUCAGCAAGCUCCAGAACCCUCGAUACCAAGUGCUGUCAAGUGGAGGCCUGCGUGUCCAGAAGCUGCGUCCGGAGGACUCGGGAAUCUUCCAGUGCUUCGCCAGUAACGAGGGCGGCGAGGUCCAGACCUACACCCACCUGGACGUCACCAAUGUGGCCCCAGCCUUCACCCAGCUUCCGGCGGACACCACGGUUACCGACGGGACCACCGCCGUCCUGAGCUGCGACGUGUCCGGGGCUCCCAGGCCGGCCAUCGCGUGGAGGAGAGGAAACCACAUUCUGGCCAGCGGCUCUGUGCGGAUUCCCAGGUUCAUGCUCCUUGAGUCUGGGGGCCUGCAGAUCACCCCUGUCUUAAUCCAGGAUGCUGGCAACUACACCUGCAGUGCAGCCAACUCCGAGGGCUCCCUGAACGCGUCUGCCACACUCACCGUGUGGAAUCGAACGUCCAUCGUGACCCCUCCGGAGGACCGCGUGGUGAUUAAGGGGACCACGGCCACGCUGCACUGUGGGACCACCCACGACCCGCGCACUUCUCUCCGCUACGUGUGGAAGAAGGACAACGUGACCAUCACCCCAUCUGGCAGCUCCAGGAUUGUGGUGGAGGAGGACGGGUCCCUCCUCAUUAGCCAGACGUGGUCGGGCGACAUUGGAGACUACACCUGUGGCGUCAUCUCUGAGGGCGGGAACGACUCCAGGACAGCCCGCCUGGAGGUGAUUGAACUGCCUCAUUCACCCCAGAACCUCCUGGCCAGCCUGAAUUCUUCCCACAGCCAUACGGUGAUGCUCUCCUGGGUCCGACCCUUUGACGGAAACAGCCCUGUUCUUUAUUACAUUGUGGAGCUGUCUGAAAACAACUCUCCGUGGAAAGUGCAUCUGUCACACGUUGGCCCCGAGAUGACAGGCGUCACCGUGCGUGGCCUGACCCCGGCUCGUACCUAUCAAUUCAGGGUGUGCGCCGUGAACCAAGUGGGCAAGGGCCAGUACAGCGCAGAGACGAGCAGGCUGAUGCUCCCUGAAGAGCCACCCAGCGCUCCCCCGAAAAACAUAGUGGCCAGUGGACGCACCAACCAAUCCAUCAUGGUCCAGUGGCAGCCGCCCCCGGAGACAGAGCACAACGGGGUGCUGCGCGGGUACAUCCUCAGGUACCGCCUGGCUGGGCUGCCCGGAGAGCACCAGGAGAGGAACAUCACCAGCCCCGAGGUCAGCUACUGCCUGGUGACGGAGCUCAUCAUCUGGACACAGUAUGAGAUACAGGUGGCCGCCUACAAUGGGGCUGGCCUGGGCGUCUUCAGCAGGGCCGUGACCGAGUACACCUUACAAGGAGUGCCGACCUCGCCCCCGCAGAACGUGCAGGUGGAAGCCGUGAACGCCACGACCAUCCAGUUCCUGUGGAGCCCUCCACCCCAGCAGUUUAUCAACGGCAUCAACCAGGGCUACAAGCUUCUGGCGUGGCCAGCCGAUGUCCCCGAGGCCGUCACUGUCGUCACCAUUGCUCCAGAUUUCCAUGGAGUCCACCAUGGGUACAUAACGAACUUGAAGAAGUUUACUGCUUACUUCACAUCAGUUCUGUGUUUCACCACUCCGGGAGACGGGCCUCCAAGCACGCCUCAGCUCAUACGGACACAUGAAGACAAACCGGGAGCUGUGGGACACCUGAGUUUCACGGAGAUCCUGGACACGUCUCUCAAGGUCAGCUGGCAGGAGCCCCUGGAGAAAAACGGCAUCAUUACAGGCUACCGGAUCUCCUGGGAGGUGUACGGGAAGAGCGACUCGCGGCGGCAGCUCACGCUCAGCAGCUCGACACACGAGCAUAAGAUCCAAGGGCUGUCCUCCCUCACCACCUACACCAUCGACGUGGCGGCCCUCACCGCCGUGGGCGCUGGCCCGGCCACCUCGUCCACUAUCUCUUCCGGGGUGCCCCCAGAACUCCCUGGUGCCCCAUCCAACCUGGUCAUUUCCAACAUCAGCCCUCGCUCAGCCACCCUGCAGUUCCGACCCGGCUACGAUGGGAAGACGUCCAUCUCCAGAUGGAUCGUGGAGGGACAGGUUGGAGCCGUCGGCGACGACGAGGAGUGGGUCACCCUCUACGAGGAGGAGAACGAGCCUGACGCCCAGACGCUGGAGAUCCCGAACCUCACGCCGUAUACCCAUUACAGGUUCCGAAUGAGACAGGUGAACGUCGUCGGUGCCAGCGCCUUCAGCCAGUCCUCCCGGGUCAUCCAGACCCUGCAGGCCCCCCCGGACGUGGCCCCCACCGGCAUCACCGUCCGAACCGCAAGCGAGACCAGCCUGCGGCUCCGCUGGGUGCCUCUGCCCGACUCACGGUACAAUGGGAACCCCGAGUCCGUGGGCUACAGAGUUACGUGCUGGCGCCCCGACCUCCCGUCCCCUGCGCUGGCCCACGUCAUCAGCGACCGGCUGGAGAGGGAGCUCACGGUCGAGGGGCUGCAGGAAUGGACAGAGUACGAGCUGCAGAUGCAGGCCUUCAACGCCAUCGGGCCCGGGCCCUGGAGCGAGUCCGUGCGGGGCCGGACACGAGAGUCAGUUCCUUCAGCUGCCCCGGAAAAUGUGUCAGCCGAGGCCGUCAGCUCCACCCAGAUUUUACUGACGUGGGCUUCGGUGCCCGAACAGGACCAGAAUGGACUCAUAUUGGGCUACAAGAUCCUGUUCCGCGCCAGAGACCUGGAUCCCGAGCCCAGGAGCCACGCGGUCCGAGGGAACCACACGCAGUCCGCGCUCCUGGCGGGGCUGGGCAAGUUCGUGCUGUACGAGCUGCAGGUGCUGGCCUUCACCCGCAUCGGGAACGGGGUCCCCAGCUCGCCCCCCAUCCUGGAGCGGACCAAAGAUGACGCCCCAGGCCCACCCGUGAGGCUUGUGUUCCCAGAGGUGAGACUCACGUCCGUGCGGAUCGUGUGGCAGCCGCCGGAGGAGCCCAACGGCGUCAUUCUGGGGUACCAGAUCGCCUACCGCCUGGCCAGCAGCAGCCCUAACACGUUCACCACCGUGGAGGUCGGCGCCACCGUGAGGCAGUUCACGGCCACUGAGCUGGCCCCGGAGGCUGCGUACGUCUUCCGGCUGUCGGCCAAGACCAGGCAGGGCUGGGGGGCACCGCUGGAGGCCACCGUCAUCACCACCGAGAAGAGAGAGCGGCCGGCGCCCCCGAGGGAGCUCCUGGUGCCCCAAGCGGAAGUGACCGCGCGCAGCCUGUGGCUCCAGUGGGUCCCGGGCAGCGACGGGGCCUCCCCCAUCCGGUACUUCACGGUGCAGCUGCGCGAGCUGCCCCGGGGACAGUGGCAGACCUACUCCUCGUCCGUCAGCCACGAGGCCACAGCCUGUGCCGUUGAAAGGCUGAGGCCCUUCACCUCCUACAAACUGCGCCUGAAGGCCACCAAUGACGUAGGGGACAGCGACUUCAGCGCAGAGACGGAGGCGGUGACCACGCUGCAGGACGUUCCGGGAGAGCCUCCGAGCUCUGUCUCUGUGACGCCGCACACCACCUCGUCUGUUCUGAUCCAGUGGCAGCCCCCGAGGGACGAGAGCCUGAACGGCCUCCUGCAGGGAUACAGGAUCUACUACCGGGAGCUGGAGUAUGAGGUGGCCUCGGCCGCUGAGUCCAAGACGCUCAAGACCCCCUCCGCUCUGCGGGCCGAGCUCACAGAUCUGAAGAAGUACCGGCGCUAUGAAGUGGUCAUGACAGCCUACAACGUCAUCGGCGAGAGCCCGGCCAGCGCCCCCGUGGAGGUCUUCGUCGGCGAGGCCGCCCCGGCCGCGGCUCCGCAGCGCGUGCAGGUGACCCCGCUCACGGCCAGCCAGCUGGAGGUCACGUGGGACCCGCCGCCGCCCGAGAGCCAGAACGGGAACAUCCAGGGCUACAAGAUCUACUGCUGGGAGGCGGACAGCCAGAACGAAACGGAGAAGAUGAGGGUUCUGUUCCUGCCCGAGACCACGGCGAAGCUGAAGAACCUCACCAGCCACACCAAGUACCUGGUCAGCGUCUCGGCCUUCAACGCCGCUGGAGACGGGCCCAGGAGCGAGCCCCGGCAGGGCCGUACCCACCAGGCCGCUCCCGGGACCCCCAGCUUCCUGGCGUUCUCGGAAGUAACCUCCACCACGCUGAACGUUUCGUGGGGGGAGCCCACGGCAGCCAAUGGCGUCCUGCAGGGCUACCGAGUGGUGUACGAGCCCUUAGCGCCUGUCCAAGGCGUGAGCAAGGUGGUGACGGUGGACGUGAAGGGGAACUGGCAGCGCUGGCUGAAGGUGCGCGACCUCACCAAGGGGGUGACCUACUUCUUCCGAGUGCAAGCGCGGACCAUCGCCUACGGGCCCGAGCUGCGGGCCAGCGUCACGGCCGGGCCGGCCGAGGGUUCCCCGGGCUCCCCUCGAGACGUCUCGGUCACCAGAUCCGCCUCUGAGCUCACCCUGCAGUGGACGGAGGGCCGCGCGGGCAGGACGCCCACCACGGGCUAUGUCAUCGAGGCCAGGCCCUCAGAUGAAGGCCUGUGGGACAUGUUUGUGAAGGACAUUCCGCGGGGCGCCACGUCCUACACCGCCAGCCUGGACAAGCUCAGGCAAGGAGUGACCUACGAGUUCCGGGUGGUGGCCGUGAACCAGGUGGGCUACGGGGAGCCCAGCAGCCCCCCCGCUGCCAUGUCAGCUCAGGCGGAGAGCCCGUUCUACGAGCGCUGGUGGUUCGUCCUGGUGGUGGCGCUGUGCAGCCUGCUGGCCGUCCUGCCCGUGGUGUUCGCCCUGGUCCUGCGCGGCCAGAACAAGAGGCACGGGAGCUGCGGCCCAGGGAAGAGCAUCUCCAACAUGGAGGAGUCCGUGACCCUGGACAACGGGGGAUUUGCCACCUUGGAGCUCAGCAGCCGCCACCUCAACGUGAAGAACACCUUCUCGAAGAAGAACGGGACCAGGUCCCCGCCUCGGCCGAGCCCCGGCGGGCUACACUACUCAGAUGAGGACAUCUGCAACAAGUACAACGGUGCCGCGCUGACCGAGGGCGGGGCCCUGCAGGAGAAGUCGGGGGACGCCGUGGAGUCUGAGGGCACCGAGUCCGGGUCCGAGGACGCGCUCCCCCAGCACUCCUUCGUCAACCACUACCUGAGCGACCCCACCUACUACAACUCGUGGAAGCGGCGCGCGGGCGCGGCCCCGCACAGGUACGAGGCGGUGGCGGGCGCCGAGGCCGGGCCGGCCCCGCGCGCCGCCGUCACCGCGCAGAGCGCCGUGUUCGCGCCCGCCGCCCACGGCGCCCGGACUCCGCUCGCCGGCUUCUCGUCCUUCGUGUGA